GGGUUGCCAGACUUAAAAAUGCUUGGCGAUAUGGCAAUUUCAACAAAAAUAUAUCAAGAAGUUUUUGCAGGCAAAAGUUGUGCAUUAUUUUGAAAAAUGAAGAAUAACAGUCACUGGUUGAACUGGUGUAGACUGUGCGCUAAAGACGACGCCAAAAGCAAUGUGAAAUUGCAAAGAAGUGAGCAGACUUGCCCACAGACGUGGGACAAUGUUCUCAUAGGGGCUAUAAGGAAAUACUUUGAAGUGCAUAUGAUUCUUGAAGAUGAGUUUAGUAGUGUUUUGUGCACAGAAUGCUAUACUUUAAUCAGUGAAUUAAUUGAUUUUGCAGAGCAUGUAACCAAGGUGCAAGCCAUCUUUGAAGUGCUACACCGUAGUGAAACUAAAGCCGAUAUGCAACUGGAUGUAGCUGCCCUCCGACAACAGUACGGACUCUGUGUCGAUGACUGGUCGCAUAUUAUAAAGCCCAUGCCAUCACCUGAAGUACAGCUCAAGAAUAUACCUAAAGAGGGGAAUUCCAACAUAAUAAAUAAUUGCAAACAGGCAGUUACCAAUGUUAAGCUCCGACCUAUUUCAAAUGAAUCUCCAAAGAAACAAAAAUUCGGAAAAGUAAGAGUAGCAAAAAAAGAAAUGGAGUGUUAUCCUAAUAGUUUGGAUUUAGACAUUCUCAAGAGGGAAUUUAUUGAUCUCGGCCCUAUUUUAAUGGAGAAAACUCUUGUAAACCAUGAAAGUGAUGUAGAUACUGAGGACGAAAUCGUUCCAUCAAAUUAUCCUAUUGAAUCUAGCUUGCAUUUUAAUUCCUCUUCAAGUACUAUUCAGGCUAUAAAAUUUGAAGUAAGGGAUAGCUCUAACAUAGAGUCUGUACACUUUUCUGAACCAACUACUACGUUGGAAGAUGUUGGUGUUUUAUCAGAACUCCCAGAGGCAGAUGUACUAAAGUCCAACAAAAAGCUCAAACGUGGUCACAUGGACUGCAGAAGAUGUGGAAAAGGGUAUAGAAAUCACGCCUCCUAUCUUAAACACACCGAACGUGAAUGCCAAAAGGUCAAGCACGAGAUAAAAACAGUCAAAACAACAUUUUGUGAAGUUUGCAACAAAACACUCUCAUCUGUCACAGCACUUAAGCUACACAAAGAGGGAAUGCAUCAAAACGUAAAACCAUACAUCUGUGAUAGUUGCGGCAAACAGCUAAAAACGAUAACGGCCCUAAAUGAGCAUAAACUUGUUCACACGGAUAGUCGUCCAUUUGAGUGCACAAUAUGUAAGGCAGGUUUCAAAAAUCGGGCUCGCCUUAAAGCGCAUCAUCAAAUACACGAGGAACCCAGCUUUGUUUGCAACAUAUGCGGCAAAAAGUUACAAACGCGUCGAACGUGGAAUAUGCAUAAGGUUGUGCACAUUGAGGAAAGAAGGCUGAAAUGUGAUGUCUGUGGAGCGCUAUUUAAGAGAUCUAAAACUUUAAAGACACAUUUGUUAAGUCAUACCGGCUUAAGACCGUAUUUAUGUAAUUUCUGCGGUAAGUCCUUCGCGUGCAAUGCCAACUGUCGAUCUCACAAAGAAAAAAAACAUGCCGAGGAAAUGCAAAAACAAGAGGGUAUUCUCCAAUCUUCUCGUUUGAGUGUUCCGACGCUGGAGGAACUACGCGUCAUGACUCAGAAAAAGUAGUGGAAUUGCUUUAGAAUAUAAUGCAGCAAACUUUGCUGACAUCAAAAAGUGAUUUGGUUCAUUUACUGCUAGACUGGGCCCCCAAUACGUAAACAAGCUACUGAAAAUAGCCGGAGGCUGCAAGCUUAUUUACUGCCAGCCGACAGGCAGUUAAUACAACAUCUUUCCAACCAGAUUUGGCUAGAAAUUUGCUGUCUCACUGAGCCAUGGAGUUUCAAUAUUUGCAGAAUUCUGAAGCCCACAAAGUGCGAUACUACAAAUGGAAUCCAGACUUAAGCAUCGGUCACUGCAACCCGUUAAUAACAGCAUCUCUUCCUUCGUCUUAAAUUUGAAACGGAUCCAUAACUAUAUACGAAACAGAUUGCCAAUGUAUGUAUAAAAAUAUAAAAUUGACUAAAAUUCACUUUUCAGUAUAUGUGAAGUGGUACAUUACAUAAAUACAUUUUUGUAAGCAAAAUAUGCUUAUUUGAUCGAAAUUGUAUUUUUGUUUGUAAAAAUCUUCAUUUUUAAGCUUUUUUUGUUACAAUUUUUGUAUAAAAAUAUUUAACAGUACUAUUUUGCCUGUCGGUUGCUGAAAAUAAAAAAAUAAAACGUUUUUGUUUAAAGGGUUGGCUUACGAAGUGGGAAUUCUAUCCUUUAACAAUUAAUAUCUAACAAAAAAGAAAGGGGAGCCGACCCGCCUAAUUUAAAAUGUCGUACAGGGAGGAGCAGAAAGUUCCCGGAUUAUUAUCCUAUUGGGGAACCUUUUUUCCCGGUCCCUUCCACUUUUUUAGUUUUACAUGUAUGUUUGUGGUAAGUUUUUGAUUCCAGGCAAUGGGCGUUCCCAGAAGAGGCCUGCAGCCUAUAAAACAGAGGACGAAGAUUUUUUUUUUUAAUUUAAUUUUUUUUAUUUUUGUUUUUAUUUGUAUUUUUUAUUUGUGUUUAAUAUUAACCAGAAUGGCCAAUUAACAAAUAAACAGAAUAACAAUUAACAAUUCAAAUUUUGCGGGCUUUUUUUAUAGCUAAGCAGCUUUUUUUUAAUUUUUAACAAUUUAACAGUUUAUUUUAGGAAAGUAACAAUUUUAGGUUUUAAAUUCAAAAGUUGGCAGGCUUUUUCCACACUUCCUCGAUGCUCCAGGGCCCAAUGAGUUGUGAUCGAGGGUAAGGAAAGUCUCCCAGAGUAUUACCCAAAGGGCAACUUUUGUUCCGGGAGACUUUCCACAUCAAAGGCGGGCUCCUGGAGAGAGCACUUUCUCUUGGCGUUGUUUUUGUGGUCAUCGGGGCCGCAUUCGUCCCAUAGUCGUCUUGGCGCUUGGUAUUUUCUUUUUUGGUAUUUUUAAUUUCAUCAGGGUGGCAUCUCCAAAUGCCAGGCGGGACCGGUUGGCAACUCUCAUUGUUUGUUCAUUUUUCCCAGGUGGCUACUCCAACUACCAGGCGGGACAGGUUGGCAGCACUUAUCGCGGAAAAAGGAGACAUUUAGGACAUCAAAUAAAGGGACGGCAUUGUGGGACAAAGGAUUUGUCAUGUUGGCGUGUUCGAGGCCGUCGUCUUGUGGGUGCCUCGGGUCUUGUUCUCUUGAAAGUGAAUCCAGUGGAAGUCGUCAAGUGGAUAAGGAUUAUCACAGGAAUUUUUUAGUUCAAUAACAUGGAAUGCUUUAUUAAGAAGAAGACGGAAUAAUAUGUAAACAUCAAAAACAUGUAAACAAUGAAGAUUUCAGGACAAGAUUAAAAACAGAAAUGGACCCAAGGACCCAAAAAGGGGGAAGGCACACUCCAUCGGUGGAUCCUAUGGUCGCUGGAGAAAGGAGCAUGGCUGCUUUAUUGCCCUUAUCAAGUGCCCACCGAGGGAUUAUCUCAGCAUCUGGGAUCUCAGGGAUUAUCUGGCGGAGCACCCUGGGCAUGUCGGAGGUACCGGAUAAUGGUCCGGCACCAAUCUAGGGGCCAAGAGGGAAGGAAGACCACAUAUUCUAGGACAGGGUGGCUUAUGUUUAAAUCGGGGACAGGGUGACUCAUGUUGAAAUCGAACUCGAUGACCGAUAGUCACCUAGGCUUUCUAUUCAUUCGGCUGCUGCUCUUCAAGCCGAUCGGACGCAUGCUAAGAGUCUUCUGCGAUCCGACUUUUUUUUUUAGCUUUAGUUUAGUUUUAAGUUAGGUUACUUUAACAAUUAAUAUAUAACAAAAAAGAAAGGGCUGCCGAUCUGCCUAAUUUGA